AGAAUUUGUAUUCCCAAAUGAUAACAGAAGGUUUUGCAGUCAUUGUGGAAAUUCCAUUUUCCCUACUAUUAAUAUGGUCCCUAGAAGGAAAAGAAAUAGUAGAAUCUAAAAAUUUGAGAUCAAUUCAUUCAAUAUUUCCUUUUUUAGAGGACAAAUUCUUACAUUUAAAUUAUGUGUUAGAUAUAUUAAUACCUUACCCUGCCCAUCUAGAAAUCUUGGUUCAAACUCUUCGCUAUUGGUUGAAAGAUGCCUCUUCCUUGCAUUUAUUACGAUACUUUCUUUACGAGUAUCGUAAUUGGAAUAGUCUUAUUCGGCCAAAAGAAUCCAUUUCCCCUUUUUCAAAAAGGAAUCGAAGAUUAUUUUUGUUCCUAUAUAAUCUUGUUGUAUAUGAAUACGAAUCCCUUUUUGUUAUUCUACGCAAGCAAUCCUCUUAUUUACGAUCAACGUCUUUUGGAGCCCUUCUUGAACGAAUCCAUUUUUACGGAAAGCUAAAAUAUCUAGUAAAAGUCAAAGUUAAGGUUUUUGGGGUUAUCCUAUGGCUUUUCAAAGAACCUUUUCUGCAUUAUGUUCGGUAUCAAGGAAAAUGCCUUCUGUCUUCAAAAGGGACAUCCUUUCUGAUGUAUAAAUGGAAAUAUUACUUUAUUGCUUUCUGGCAAUGUCAUUUUUCUGUGUGGUCUCAACCAAGAAGAAUCUAUAUCAAUCAAUUAUCAAACUAUUCCCUCGACUUUAUGGGUUUUAUUUCAAAUGUGGGACUCAAUUCUUCAGUAAUACGGAGUCAAAUGUUAGAAAAUUCAUUUAUAGUAGAUAAUAUUAUUAAGAAGUUUGAUACCAUAGUUCCAAUUAUUCCUCUGGUUGGCUCGUUGGCUAAAGCAAAAUUUUGUAAUGGAUUAGGUCAUCCCAUUAGUAAGUCGGUCUGGACCGAUUUAUCCGAUGCUGAUAUUAUUGACCGAUUUGGACGUAUAUGCCGAAAUCUUUCUCAUUAUUAUAGUGGCUCUUCAAGAAAAAAAAGUUUAUAUCGAAUAAAAUAUAUACUUCGACUUUCUUGUGCUAGAACUUUGUCUCGUAAACAUAAAAGUACUGUACGUGCUUUUUUGAAAAGAUUAGGUUCAGAAUUUUUGGAAGAAUUCUUUACGGCGGAAGAAAAAGUCCUUUCUUUGAUCUUACCAAGAGAUUCUUCUACUUUAUCAGGAGUCUAUAGGGGGCGUGUUUGGUAUUUGGAUAUUAUUUGUAUUCAUAAUUUGGCCAAUGAUGAAUGAUUUUGGUUAUAAGACUAUCUAAAUGGAAUGGAAAUUAUACCUAAAUGAAUGGAGGUAUAAGAUAAAAAAUAUUAUUCAUUCAUUUCUAUACUGAAAUGUUUAUACUUAUACAAUAAGAGUUGAAUCCAUUGAGUAUUCAACUUUGUUCGAGUUCCCCCUAGGAAGGGAACUGAGUUUGAAAUGUAUACAUAGGGAAAGCCGUGUGCAAUGAAAAAUGCAAGCACGGUUUGGGGAGGGGUUUUUCUUUUUUAACAAGAACAUUAUCUACUCCAUCCGAUCGGUUCCGGGUUCGAGUCCCGGGCAACCCAUUCUUUUUUUAUUGUGAACUUCAUAUUGUGAAAUCUGAUUUUAUAUUUUGUUUUGCAAUUCACUUCAGUUAUUCAAAAAGAAUUCGGAGAGAUCUCAAUGAAUAUUGGUUGACACGGGCGUAUAAGACAUGUUAUACUGUUGAAUAACAAGCUUUCAAUUCUCUAUUUCGAGAAGAAUUAAUGUGCUUGGGAGUCCCUGAUGAUUAAAUUAAAUAAACCAAGAUUUUACCAUGACUGCAAUUUUAGAGAGACGCGAAAGCGAAAGCCUAUGGGGUCGUUUCUGUAACUGGAUAACCAGCACUGAAAACCGUCUU